GGCUCGGCGGGGGUUGCGGGACGCGCCGUCGGGGAGCUGCGGCCCGGGAACCCCCCCGGCGGCGGCUCGGGGUCCGGGCGGGGCGCGCAGGGGCGGCGCCAGGCGGUGACGUGCGCGGGGGACGUGCCGCGCGAGCGACCGAACACUUAAAGUCGCCCCCGGCGCGGAGCCGGGCGGCAGAGGCGGCAGAGGCGGGCGCGGCGGCCCAGCGGCGGCAGGUAGGCGCGGCCCGGAUGCUCGGCGCGCGGGUCGGGGCCCAGGAGCUUCUGAGCCGCCCGGGGCGCCAAGCCAGUGCCCGGCAAGGGGGUGGCUUCUGGGUCCGCGCUCUCACCCCGCCCCAACUUCGCCCGUCAGGUCCGGGGGCGCCCGGGGCAUGGACUAGCUUUCCCGCCCCCUGCGGCCCCCACCCAGAGCCAGCCGCGCCCCUCCGCGCCCUCGCAUCCCUGCGAAGUCUGGCCUUCCCGGGUCCGGCCCGGCGCCCACCCGUCGGGCGGCUUCAGGGGCUGGGCUCCGGCCCGGAGGUGGCUGCGCCAGCGGCCAAGCCCGGUCCGGGUAUAAAUAGCUCGGUCCGCGGCGGCGGCGGCGGGGGGCGCGGGCUAUAUUUGGCGGGGCUCCUGCAGCCCUCCCCGUGGGGGUGGCCUCCCCGAGGGAGUGGGGAGCACGUGCGCUCGGGCCGUGGCGCUUUCCCCGUUUGCGUCACCCUAAACACUCACCGACCCACGCCCGCCCUCGGGCAAUGACUAACAGCCUGCGCGGUGCACGGAAGUUGCCCUUCUAGAGCCAGGCUGGGCUCCCUGGGUUCGCCCUACCUCCCGCCCCUUGUCCCCAGCUCGUGGGAAAACCAGGAGCGGCCUUCGGUAGCCUCCCACUUCCUAACCCUUGCCUCAGUUUCCCUAUCCUAAAAGUGGGUUGCUCAGGCGCCUCCUCGGGUGUUGGGCCCGUCAAGGGACAGGGGCCGCAGAGUGGAAGGGAAGCCUUGGCUCUGGCCAGGGCUACCGCGGGCGGCUGCAGUCAGUGAGGAACGACGGGGCAGCGUCGGGCCGCCGUCCUCCUCUCUGUCCUAGAGGCACCGAGCUGCGUGGCCAGGAAGCCUGGGCUGAAAGGGUCCCUCUCCUGGCCAGAGUCAGGCCUGCUGAGUAGGGGAAAUGCCAGUUGGCCCCACCUCAGGGCCCAGGGUCUUCUCUACACUGAGCACAAGGGUGGGUGGUCUUGUGUCUUUUGGGGCUGGGGAGCCCAGGGUCCCAGCUUCACUGCACAGGCCUGGGAAGUCAGGUGGGUGUUGGCCUGAACGUGCUGAGAGGGACAGGAACAGCUCCCCCAGCUUGGUGUGGCGGCUCGGCUGCGCUCCCUCAUGGCGGGCAGGAACUGGGAGAGGGGUGCUAGGACGCCAUGGGGGGUUUCUGCCCCCAGCGAGGCUCUGAGUACAUAGGAACACUGUCUUGGCAGGUGCAGGGUCUUUCCCCAGGACUCCGUGGUGUGGACAGGGCUUGGAGUAGGAAUCUAGAGGCCUGGUCCCAAGACAAGCUUGGUAACGACCCCAUGUGACCUUGGGCAGGGCCCGCCAUCCAGGCCACCCAGAAAGCCAUGUGGCCCCAGUGACUUUGAGGGCUGGCUUAGUGGUGGGUCCUGGGGUGACCUGGCCACAUGGGGCGGAAAGGCCAGUGCCACUCCCUCGAGUGAAGAGCCAAAUGUGGUCUACACUCUGGGCCCCAGUGGGGGGCCUUCUCGGCAGUGGCGCAGAGCCAUUGGAGGUGCCCAGGCCCUGGCGCAGGGGCGGGGCGGGAGUAGACAGGGCUCGGGGCGUCCUCACGGCUUCUCCUGCCCGAGUCAGCCCCAUCUGUGAAAUGGGCCGCUCCGGGCAGCCGCACGCACAGAACGGCCGGGCCCCUGCCCCGAGACUCGGAAUUCACGAGUCAAAGUCCCCGAGCCCCGAGCCGCGCCCACUCGUCCCACCUCUGCAGCAAGUGGAGCCGGCCCCGCCCUGUGGCUUCGAGGCCCGACGCCUGGCGCGGCUCCCAGGCUCCGCUGACCCGGGUGGACCCGCGCGCCCGCAAUUACGGUAGCGUCCGGCAGGGCGCCUACUGCGGGCAAUACGGCGGCUCCUCCUAUGGCGCGGUCACGUCCCCCACGUCCCGCGGCCGGCGGGGCGGGUCCGGGCGGAGCAUCCUCCUGUCCCCCUUCUCCUUCCCCGGUGGGCUCCGCCCAGCCUCCCCCACAAGCGCCGACCCCUGCCCGCCGAGCCCGGAAGCCAGAGCCGUCAGGCAAUCGUCCAGCCCGGUCAGGGGCGCACCGAGGAGGGGCCUUUCCUAGCGAGGGUGGAGCUCUGGGCUCCCCCUCCGUCCCCGCCACCCGCCUUCCUGCCUCCCCCGCGUCACUCCUCCCCACGGGUCCCCACGACGCCUGCUGGGAGGCCAUGGCGGGGGAGCCUCCUGACCCGAGUUCCCCUCCAGGCUGGGCUUCCGGACACCGGCUUUAGGGUGGAGGGGUGCACGGGGGUGCACGAGAGUCCAGGAAUAGGACGACGUGGCUUCGCGGAGGGGCGGCCUUGCGGGGUCCAUGAGGCCUCCGACGUGGGGGACGGCGGCUCUGGACCAGCUCUGGCUCCCACCGCCUCCCGGCCCCAGGGCGGUGACCUCAGCUUGCAGAGAAGCGAGUUCCAAGCUCUAAGACCCCGCAGUGGCAGCUCAGGGAUGAAGCCUGCUGUGGAGCAGGCAGCCUCCAUUUUCCACGUGGGACUUGUGCCCAGCAACCCUUGGGGCACCAGUUGGGGGGCUCCUGGUCCUGGGUGGAAGUGGCCAAUCUGCAAAUGAGGCCUGUGUGUCUGCCCCACCGGGCCCUGCGAUGAUGAUGUGAGUGGACACGGUGUCGGCACAGGCAUGCGCGGGAGUCUGAGACGGGGAACAGGGCUCAGGCCUGGGCAGCCCCUUGUCCAGCGUCCACUCCCUGACACCCCGGCCCCCAACACCUUUGCAGAUGGCUGGGCCUGGGCUGCAGGGAGGGGCUGGUGCUCCUUCCUGGUUUGCACAAGGGGAAGAACAACUCAGGGAGGCCCCUCCCUGGGUGCAGCGCCCUCCUGCCCUCCUGGAACCCCUUGCCAACCCCAAGCUAACCAAAGGGUGGGGGAGGGGGCUGCUUCCUUGGUCCUGGGCAGCUCCCAGGGAUCCAGGAAGGAAAGAAAUUGCCCUAUUCCUGCCCCGCCUCCUGCCUGGGCCACAAAGGCAGGGCCAAGGCCCAUCCUUCAAAGGCUGGAGUCAGUUAGGUAACAGGCCACUGCCCAGACCCAGACAACGGGCCGACAGUCCAGCGGAGGCCUCAACGAGGUGGUGGUGCUGCUCGACCUGAGGACCUAAGCGGGUGAGGGGUCUGCAGGUCCAGGGUGCCCAGUGCUCCCAAGGAGGUGAGUGGGGUUUCUGGAGAGGCCUGGAGGAGCCAGCUGGGCAGCUGGGCUCAGGUUCGAGACCCUUUCUGUAUGUGUGUUGCCAUAGAUCCUGCAGGACCUGGCAUGGUCUUCCAAGCCUUCCAGGCUGGUGACCGGGCAGUGCAGGGGUCCAACCUGGCAGGCGCCCAGGUCCUGAGGGCUUCAUGGCUGAGUCCUGGCCCCAAACCAGGGGGCCAGGUUUGAGACCCCUGUGCCCUGGACCCUUGAGGGAACUGCUUGCUCAUGAGGACUCACGAGGGCUGGAAUCAUGAGGGCACAUGGCUCUGGGAUGUGGGGGUCUCCUGGAAGGGUCCUCCCCACGCACCCCUGCCCCAGACCUCCCUGCUCAGCUUUAGCAGCCCGGAGUUGUGGGGCCUUUGGGGACCAGCUCUCCAGGCAACCCCACCUGGGAGAUCAGCUUUCUCAGCCCAGGGGCCAGGUUAUUUCUGGGUGGGUUGGCAUGCUUCCUGGGAGCGCGGUGGGGGGGGCGACAGUAAAUGUCAGGGGAAGGCCAGCCUGUAGUGUGUGCCCACAGAGAAGCCAAUGCUUGGUGGCUGUGGUGUGGCUCCAGGCAGUGCAGCCCCAGGGCUGUCCUUGGAACCUCAGCCAGCCUGCACCUCAGUCCAUCGUGAUGCUGGGGUUAUCCUGGGAGACGGGGACUGUGGACUGUCGUUUCGUGCCCCUUCCCCUACUGUAUCUCCUGUGGAAUCCCCUGCCCCAAGCUGUGUGGGCACAGCUGGCUCAAAGUCAGCCCCUGGACGACAGGCUGGAGUCAGAACUCAUGGAGCCAUUUCAGUCUGGGUGACUGGCACCCCAGCCUGGGUGAGGACAGAUGACAGUGCCAGGCUGUGGUGUGGAAGCUUCUUGUCCAAAUGCCUCAUCUCCUUGACACAGAAGAUGGCCCUCCCCACGUGAGCGUCACGUGGAAGCCACAAGCUCCUCAGGUCCCAGAACAUGCUGUGCUCUCCUGGCCAGUGAGCCCUGGCACUGCCCCAACCGUCUGCCAGCCCUCCUUGACCCUAGUCCAGGGGGCACCACAUAUCCUGAGGGUGGCCGUCAUCCCCUGCCUCCCCAUGCGCCCUCGUCUAUCUCCUGAGGACGCUGGCGGGCAUCGAAUGCUGGGUUUGCCUGCGUCCCCUGCCCCCGCUGGUACAGCCCAGGUAGACUCAGAGACCCUGGUGCUUGUUUUUGGAGGGGACCCUGGGGUAUGCGGAAUCUGUUUCUAUUUGUUGUAUAUACAUUUCCUUCCUUGGCCUUGCAUGGUCCGUUUGAUGUAUUUUAAAAAGUGUAAACCCACAAUCCCAAACAAGCUGGGACCUGAGGCCGUCAAUCCCUCCUGUCUCCCCAUGGCCCGCAUUCUGCAUCCUGUUCCUGUUUCAUUCCUCAAGUGCAUGUAUUUUUAGCAUCUUGUAGUUACUCUGCUAUGUAGUGUCAUCUUAGGGACCUUUUAAACUUGAUGCCAGUAUGAGCAGGACCUAGCCUGCUGCUGAGGGACCCCAGGCAGUGUCCUGUCUCAGGCACUGUGGUGGGGCAUCCGGUGCCCAGGUGCAGGCAGGAACAAAAGGUGCUCCUGGGUUUCCCAGAAAUGGUCCCAAGGCCUUGGCCCCAGGGAGCCAGCACAGGCUCCGGGGGUGGGCCUCUGGGGAGGGCCUGUUCCGUUGCAGUGGGCAGCAUGUGAUCAUCCAGCCACAGCUGGCUCCCCUCGUCAAGCGGCAUUUCCCAGUGACAGUGACGGCGUGGAACACUUGGGGAGCCCUUAAAGACCAUCCUCAGACCUCUGAAGCAGGGACUCCAAGGGGCACAGCACCUGUGGUGGGGCCGGUCCAGCAAGCUGGAUUUGGGGACGGCCCAGAGGAGGAGGAGCAGGCACAGAACUGAAACUCACCCAGCAAAGGUCCUUGCCCUUGUGCGGGUCCGGCCUCUAGUUAUGUGUCGGCGUUAGAGACAAAGGCAGGCUGUCCAGGUGGGACCCACCAGGUUAGGGAGCUGUGGACACGCUUGCAGGAGGAAUCCAAGGAAAGGGGGUGGUGGUGGAGCUUGCCCCACAGGCCUGCUGCUGCCUCCUGGGGCGCUGGUUCACAGUAUGGCCCCCGGAGGGAGAAGCCAAGCUGGCUGGACUAGACCACUCAAGGCCUUGGGUUGCAGUCCUUGGUGAGGAGGGAGGCAGGUGACUUCUUGGUAGGGGGGCGCAUGAAGAUGGAAGUCUGGCCCUGGGUCCCAACUUCACUCUCCCCCACACGCGCUAAGCUCCUGGCGUUUACAGAAGUGAUGCCAGCUUCAGACAUGGGGGCUGCUGUGGUUUGCUCUGGUGGGAUGGAUGGAAGCCUCUCUGGCCCCUGCCUCCCAUGGAGGCUGCAGACAUUCCUGAGUGAGUUCAAGCUGCAGCCUGUCGGUCACUCCAGGCAGAGGUGGAGUGAGCCUCUUCCCACUGGAGGAGUCACUGAGCAAGCACGCCAGUGAGGCGGAACCAGCCCUCCUGGCCAUGGGAGGGGCUGUGGUGGACGACGGCCCGACGGGCGUCAAGGCCCCCGACGGCGGCUGGGGCUGGGCUGUGCUCUUCGGCUGCUUCGUCAUCACCGGCUUCUCCUACGCCUUCCCCAAGGCCGUCAGUGUCUUCUUCAAGGGGCUGAUGCAGGAGUUUGGGAUCGGCUACAGCGACACAGCCUGGAUCUCCUCCAUCCUGCUGGCCAUGCUCUACGGGACAGGCCCGCUCUGCAGCGUGUGUGUGAACCGCUUUGGCUGCCGGCCCGUCAUGCUUGUGGGGGGCCUCUUCGCGUCCCUGGGCAUGGUGGCUUCGUCCUUCUGCAGGAGCAUCAUCCAGGUCUACCUCACCACUGGGGUCAUCACUGGGUUGGGUUUGGCGCUCAACUUCCAGCCCUCGCUCAUCAUGCUGAACCGCUACUUCAGCAAGCGGCGCCCCAUGGCUAACGGGCUGGCGGCGGCAGGCAGCCCCGUCUUCCUGUGCGCCCUGAGCCCGCUGGGGCAGCUGCUGCAGGACCACUAUGGCUGGCGGGGCGGCUUCCUCAUCCUGGGAGGCCUGCUGCUCAACUGCUGCGUGUGUGCCGCACUCAUGAGGCCCCUCGUGGCCGUGGCCCAGCCGGGUGGGGGCUCGGGGCCGCAGCGACCCUCCCGGCACCUGCUGGACCUGAGCGUCUUCCGGGACCGAGGCUUUGUGCUGUACGCCGUGGCUGCCUCAGUCAUGGUGCUGGGGCUCUUUGUGCCGCCCGUGUUUGUGGUGAGCUACGCCAAGGACCUGGGUGUGCCCGACACCAAGGCGGCCUUCCUGCUCACCAUCCUGGGCUUCAUCGACAUCUUCGCGCGGCCGGCUGCGGGCUUUGUGGCGGGGCUCGGGAAGGUGCGGCCCUACUCCGUCUACCUCUUCAGCUUCUCCAUGUUCUUCAACGGCCUCGCGGACCUGGCGGGCUCCACGGCGGGGGACUAUGGUGGCCUGGUGGUCUUCUGCAUCUUCUUCGGCAUCUCUUACGGCAUGGUGGGGGCCCUGCAGUUCGAGGUGCUCAUGGCCAUUGUGGGCACCCACAAGUUUUCCAGCGCCAUUGGCCUGGUACUGCUGAUGGAGGCGGUGGCCGUGCUCAUCGGUCCCCCGUCUGGAGGCAAGCUCCUGGACGCGACCCACGUCUACAAGUACGUGUUCCUCCUGGCGGGGGCCGAGGUGGUCACCUCCUCCCUGAUUUUGCUGCUGGGCAACUUCUUCUGCAUCAGGAAGAGGCCCAAGGAGCCACAGCCUGAGGCAGCGGCCACGGAGGAGGAGAAUCUCCACAAGCCCCCCGCAGAUGCGGGGGUGGACUCCAGGGAAGUGGAACAUUUCCUGAAGGCUGAGCCUGAGAAAAACGGGGAGGUGGUUCACACCCCAGAAACCAGUGUCUGAGUGGCUGGGAGGGGCCGGCAAGCACAGGGAGGAGGUACCGAGGCUGGCAACGCUUGCUAUUUAUUUUACAAACAGGACUGGCUCGGGCAGGGCCACGCUGGGCUCUGGCUGCCAGCUUAGCAGAUCGUCGCCUGAUCAGUGUUUUGCAGGGGGAGGUGGCGGGGCAGGAACUGUGUCAUUCCAGAGUGGAUCUGCGGUGAAGCCAAGCCUUGAGGUUACAAGGCAUCCACAACAGGGGCCCCGCCUGCUGGUCCCAAAUGGCCUGCGGCCACUAUUGUGCUCAAGGACCUAGAAACCCAUGCCGCAAGAUGAGAUGACUUUAAUCCAAGGGUGGGCUGCGGAUAGGCUGGUGGGGCAGGUGCUGUGUGGGGCCCUCUCCAGCCCAUCCUACCCUGGGUUCUUACGUGCGGCCUGCACCCACCCCUCGGUGUCUUUGGGGAUAGCUUCUGCCACCCCUGGAAGGUGGAAAUAAACCUGUGUGUGGGUGGAGUGUCAGGA